GCUGGAAGGAAAACAGUGGGGCAGAGGCUGGAGGAGCAGAUGUGAGUAGGACCAGGAGAGAGGGGGGAGGAGGAAGAGGAGAGAGGAGAUAGGAGCCGAAGAGCAGAGGAGCAGGGGAAGUGAAGUAGCUGACAUUGGUGUGAAAAAACUUCUCAGGCUGCUGGACGCUAUCUGGACCAAGCAGACGGCUGACGAGGGCGCACGCACACACACAAACACACACAGAGAGUGUAUUGGAUAUGACUCCUCCACUCAGGCUGUUGUUGUUUGGUGUGACAGACUAACAGUGACGGCUGCAAAGAAGCACUUCCUCUGUCAGACUCACAUGACGAUGAAACGAUGAUGAAACAACUUCACAGCUUUUGAUGUUUCCACUGGAUCAAACACAGCAAACUUCAGGGUGCUCACAAAUGAGCCUGGAUUCAAACUGAAAGCCCUCUGGUUUGAGGAAUGCCAACUGAGCCGCUGCCACAGGAACAGGAUGUCAGUGAAGCUGCGAUUUGACUCUCCUUCCGACAGCGGUGUGAUUCCCAGGAGCCGCUCCUUCACUGGUUUCACCUCUCUGAACGCACGACGACGAACGUCGUCGAUGAGGAACUCUCUUCGUUCUAAAUCGACAUCAGGCAGCAAACCUAGGAUGCACCUGUCUCCUGUCAGGGGGGGAGGAGGGAACUGGUCUCUGCAGCCGGAGCAAGUGGACAGGGUUUUUCAGGCGCUGCGUAAAGGACUCAAACAGUAUCUGGAGGGUCACCAGGCUGAGAUGGACUUCCUGGUGUCACAGCAGAGAGAGACCAAGAGGAACUCCAGACUGGCCUUUCUCUACGAUCUGGAAAAGGAGAUCAGAGCACUGGAAAGACACAUACGGCGCCUAGAAUUUCAGAUUAGCAAGGUGGAUGAGCUGUAUGAAACCUACUGCAUCCAGUGGAGGUUGUGUCAGGGGGCGGUGAACAUGAAGAGAGCCUUCUCUCUGUCCCCAUCCACCAGAGCCUCCAGGGACAGUCUGCUGGAGCUCAACCGUAACCACAGACACAGCCUGCAGGACAUGUCUGCAAUGGAGGGAGAGCUGGAAAUCCUUCUUGGAGAGCUACACAUCAAAAUGAAAGGUCUGAUCGGGUUUGCUCGACUCUGCCCUGGAGACCAGUACGAGGUGGUGGUGCAGCUGGGUCGUCAGAGGUGGAAGAUCAGAGGCAAGAUCCAGUCUGACGACACACAGUCCUGGGAUGAGGAGGAGAUGAUCUUCCUGCCUCACAUAUAUCACAACUUUGAGAUUAAGGUGAUGGAGGCCAAGGGUUUGGGUUGGCUCCUGGUUGGCAUGGUAACAUGUGCGAGUGUGGACUUUUUCGUGGCGAGGCCGCAGCUGAUGUUGGUGGACAUCACGGAGCUGGGAACCAUCAAACUGCAGCUGGAAGUCACUUGGAACCCAUUUGACAAUGCUGAGAAGAUGAGGCCACUGUCUGUGAGCAGACUCUCAGUAUCCAGCAGGAAAGGUUCAGUUUACAGUUGGACAGCACCAAGUACACCCUCCUUCACUGAGAAGUAUUACAUAUCCCUGAUGCGUGAACUGCGAAACCAAGAAGAAGGUUCUCUCCCGUCACUUGUGUCUAAGAAUCACCACAACAGAGGAGGUGUGUCUUUGCUCGGCUACCUGUCCAACCCUGUCCACGGCUCCAACAGUCCCUACACCCCCAGUCUAACACGGGCCUAUAGCUUCCCCUUCAGUCCCAGUCAGGGACCCAGUCUGGUGGGGAGUCAGACUCAGCUCUCCAUGGGUGAGGAGGGAUUCAUGGACAGCUCCAUGGAGGAGAGUGAGAGAACAAUGAUGGAUGAGAAGAAAGAUGAGGAAGAAUGGACUGGAGUGAUGGAGAGUCCAAAAACAGCAACAGAAAGGACCACAGGACCGAUACGUGCCCUGCAGAGGUCCAGUACUCCUGACAUCCUGAGAAAAAACAUGGCUGCAGACUCAGAUACUGAGGCACAGAGUAAAGCAAUGGAGCAGGAUUCUCAUGAUUCCACCCCAGCCUCACCCUCUGAGACUCCUGCUGCCUCUCCUUCUCCAUUCACAAUGACUUCUCCCACAUUGGGGAGAUCAGGAAUGAGUGGUGCUCAACGCAGGGCCCAGGCCCUUAGGCUGGGAAGCCUGAUCUCUGAGCUGGAGAAGUUAUUACAGAAUCAGAGUCUGUCAGAAAAGGAGUUGAGAACCCUGGAUCACCAGAUACUACACCUGGCCACCAUACUUAAGAACAACCUGUCCCUGUUGAGACGUUCCUCAUCAGAAGAGACUCUGGCUGUGGAGGAAGUCCUGGGCAGCUUUGACUUCUUGUCAAAUGACAUUAACGCAGAUGAUGACACAUCCUGUUUAGGCAGCCUGAGACUUAAAGAUAGUGGCCUCGGUUCUUUUCAGCAGAGCACUCUGAGGAGCCUUGGCCUUGUCUCCCAGAAUAGUCAAUCCGUUUCUGAAGAAGAAUUGAUUAUUGCUCCUCUGACUUCAGGGAAUUGGAGUCUUGAUCAAGCUCUGGAAACCCACUUGGAUUUAUGUGUCAUCCUUCUCCAGAUGAUACGAGUGACCGACUUCACCCCCUCAAGGAGAGACCUGCUGGAAGAAAUGUCUCUUCAGGCUGAGGUUCUGGACAGAGUUAGUUACCUGCUGCUGGAGAAGAACGAUAAUAUUUCUGCUUGUGAUGUACUUCCUAAGGCCCACAGAAUGAGAGAUAUUCUGUUGUUCUGGGAGGACUGUGUGAGCGACAGCAGUUCCUUUUUCUCUUGCGACUCCAUCAGCUUCACAAGGGCACUGAGGAAACGUUACACGCACAAAGUGAAAGCCAAGCAGCCUGGCCAAUCAGAAAAAGUCUUUGCUCAGCUUCUGCAACAGGUGCAGGCCACGAGUCCCAUUGUGCCAAGCCCUCGGCAGGUCUGCAGCAGAGACAGAGUCACUCUCUUACAAAUGUCUGUGUAUCUGAAACGCUGGAGCAUCCAGAACAUGGGAGAUCACAUCUCACGUCUUUCCAAAGAAGAACACAUUCUGUCUGCCCUGAAGAGCCCCAAACGACGGCGAGCACUAAACAAAAUGAGGGGGAGGACCUUCUCAGAGCUCCUUCCACUUAGAUGUACACUGCACACUAUCGCUGCCCUGCAGGUCGACCCCAACCACAAAGUUUGCAAAGCUGCUACCACCUGUCUGUACAGAGCUGCAAGCUGCGAGGCCUUCAGGAGCAAGGCAGUUAUUUACUACACUGAGAGUCUGAAAAGCACUGACACUCAAAUCCAGCAGAGCUCCUGUCUGGCUCUGAAAUGCCUCCGGGCAACAGAGAGUGUGGACCACAUUGCAGAUCUGUGGAGAUCAAUGGAUGAAGAUCUAUGUAGCACUGCCAGAGAGACCAUCCUCUCAUUUGGUAAAAAGGGAUUCCUGGCGUUUCAGAAGAUGGACCAACUCUACACUGAGAUGCAAGAGGAGGCUUAUCAGAACCGAGAGACUGAGAUCACAAUUCUAUAGGAAAUGUUGUGUUUGGAUUCAAGUAAAGUUUUGAAAUAUAACAGGAUGCAACGUGAAGAUGACAGAUGGAGUGUGAAGGAAGUUUGUGUCUGAGCUUGAUGAAGUGGAAGAUCCACUGAAUGUAUGGAGAAAGAAACAUCUUUCAGGAAAACAUUUGAUCAUUAAUUUCCUGGUGGUGAGCAGUGGGCAUCUGUCCCAACAUGACUCCCCUCUUUCAUUUACUUUGUUUAAAAGCAUUACCUCCCCCCCGAUCCUGUGAACAUUUAAAUUGCCUUUUACAAAGUGAACUGAUUUCAGUUUAUUGUGUAAAGUUUGUUUACAAAGAACAAAAUCAGUAAACAAGAUGUUUUGUUUUACAGCACCAUGUACUUAUUUGACCAGAAUGUGUGGGAUUUUUACAAUAUGGCUUAAUGUGCAAACAUUGAAAACAUUAAAGUAAGUUUUUAUAACUGUGUGAUAAAAGAAGUAACACCACAUUUUUCUUAGAAAAGCCAAUAAAUCCAAAUACCAACAUUAA